AAGCGUUUCCGGUAGGGUCAAAGUUCACCUGCUAGCCUGUCACAACAACCAGCUAGCAUAGUAGCUAACAUCCUCCCGAUAAGACCAUUUCCCCCUGUCAAAAUGGAAGUAAAUCAAGCGAAACAGGAACACCUUCUUGCAUUAAAAGUGAUGCGGUUAACAAAACCAACACUCUUCACAAACUUGCCAGUGACAUGUGAAGAUCGGGAUCUGCCAGGGGAUUUGUUUGAUCAACUGAUGAGGGAGGACCCCUCCACCAUCAAAGGAGCAGAGGCGUUGAUGCUGGGAGAGAUGCUUACACUACCGCAGAACUUUGGAAAUAUUUUCCUUGGUGAGACCUUCUCCAGUUACAUCAGUGUGCACAACGACAGCAACCAAGUGGUGAAGGACGUUCUUGUGAAGGCUGAUCUACAGACCAGCUCCCAGAGGCUCAACCUCUCGGCGUCAAACUCUGCAGUAGCAGAACUCAAAUCUGAAUGCUGCAUUGAUGAUGUUAUACACCACGAAGUCAAAGAAAUUGGAACUCAUAUCUUAGUUUGUGCAGUCAGUUACACCACUCAGUUCGGGGAGAAGCUCUAUUUUCGGAAGUUCUUCAAAUUCCAGGUUUUGAAGCCGCUGGAUGUGAAGACAAAGUUCUACAAUGCAGAGAGUGACCUCAGUUCUGUGACAGAUGAAGUGUUCCUGGAGGCUCAGAUCCAGAACAUCACCACCUCACCCAUGUUCAUGGAGAAGGUCUCUCUGGAGCCCUCCAUGAUGUACAACGUCACAGAGCUCAACACGGUCGCAGGUGGAGACGACGGAGAGUCCACAUUCGGCAAAAUGUCCUACCUGCAGCCCAUGGACACGCGGCAGUACCUGUACUGCCUGAAGCCGAAGCCGGAGUACGCGGAGAAGGCCGGCAUCAUCAAGGGUGUGACGGUGAUCGGGAAGCUCGACAUCGUGUGGAAGACCAAUCUCGGGGAGAGAGGGAGGCUGCAGACCAGUCAGCUGCAAAGAAUGGCUCCAGGGUACGGAGACAUCAGGCUGUCGUUGGAGAUGAUUCCUGACACGGUCAACCUUGAAGAACCUUUUGACAUUAUCUGUAAAAUCACCAACUGCAGCGAGAGAACGAUGGACCUGGUGCUGGAGAUGUGUAACACCCGGUCCAUCCACUGGUGUGGUGUGUCGGGGCGUCAGCUGGGGAAACUCAGCCCAGCUGCCUUCCUCUCUCUGCCCCUCACACUCCUCUCAUCUGUCCAGGGUCUGCAGAGUAUUUCUGGACUGAGACUCACGGACACAUUUCUAAAGAGGACGUACGAAUACGAUGACAUCGCACAAGUGUGUGUGGUCUGCCCGUAUACGAGCAAUGAGUGCUAGGAACUUUAUUUUGCAUUUUUUUUUUUUUUGCAUUUUAGCUAUGAAUGGACCAAAAGUUGAAUUCUGCACAGAACGCUGACAUUUCACUCUUUCUGCAACCUGAGGGGAUUACACUGUACAUUUUAAAUUGAAUUGUGAAUAAUAUAAAUCACUUUGUUUGAAAAUAAUGAUGUAAAUGUGCAUAAAUGUUAAUAAAAUC